AUGCGAGUAAUAAUCUUGGGCUUUUCAGUGGACAUUCAAGAAAGUUCUCGUUCAUCGUGCCAUAUGGAUAGGUUGGCACAGCGCUCUCGGAGCCCAGUAGAGUUCAUGAGGUCGAGUGCAGCUCGCAGCCCGAUUCUCAAUCGGCCAUGCCCACGAGGGGUAAGGUCACGCCAGUUACGUAGCCCUGACGGGCUCCCUUCUGGUAGUCAACAACUAGAGCGAUCACGUGGAAGGCCGUCGAGUCGGUCUCGCAGCAGAUCGUCGAGCCGACUCCAUAUCAGACAGCCAAGCCGGCGUCGCACCGGACAAUGCAGCGAAUCUCGAAGCAGGCAUCUUUACCAUCUCCGUGUCCCCAGCCAUCGACAAGGUCGGUCACGUAGCCAUCAACGAGAACGAUUACGCAGUCGGGAACGAAGUCGUUCUCGCAGUACGCCACGCAGUCGGGAGUCAAGAAGAAGCGUUCGCACCCAGAAUUAUCCUAGUUGCCAUCGUGGAAGACUAUUGGACAAUGGUGAGUCAACUCAGUUCGCUAAUAGUGGGUUACAGCAAUUACUCGAUGCACUUAAAUAUGCUAGUCUUACGGAUAACAAUUUAGAUAAAGCUAAUAUAAGGGAUGAAAUUAACACUCAUAUUGAAGCAUGCCAACAAAAUCAAAAGGAAUCAUUCGAUAAGCACCGUUGUAUCCCUCCGAAAUAUAAUGUAGGGGAUUUGGUAAGAGUGGAACGCCAAGUACCUGCAACAGGACAGAGCAAAAAACUUGUGCCUAAGUUUCAGGGACCUUAUAGAAUCGCAUCUAUUUUAGACCAUGAUCGCUUUGCCAUAGAAGACACGCCAUUGACUUCAAAGAGAGGAAGAAGCUUCUCGACUAUCGUAGCUAUUGAUAAAAUCAAACCAUGGCUUAAUUUCAAUAGACCACACGUGAGUGGGACAUACUCCAGUGAAUCUGACGAUGAGGAAUCUCGUGAG